UUAACUUGUAACAAACUUGAACAUGACGUGUAGUUUAUGCAACUGAACUGAAAGAAAGAAAAAACUAUGCCCCACAUCACAUGUCUUUUUGCACACUGAAGUGUUAACAAGUGUUAACCGUUAACUGAAAAGAUAAUACUACAUUUCCCAGAGUUCAUUUAGGCCCACUGAAUCCGCCAUAUUGAGCUCGGCUGAACGCGCUGGCAGGGAGAGAGUGUUCAUAACAUUGAGAUAGGUGAAGGACACACAGUGUAUAAAGAUGACACAAACGGUCCAGACGAAUGGGAUUCAACCCCUCAGUAAGACCUGGGAGCUUAGUCUCUAUGAAUUACAGAGAACCCCACAGGAGGCCAUCACGGAUGGUCUGGAGAUCGCCGUGUCCCCACGCAGCUUGCACAGUGAGCUCAUGUGUCCUAUCUGCCUGGACAUGCUGAAGAACACCAUGACCACCAAGGAGUGCCUGCACCGCUUCUGUGCCGACUGCAUCAUCACUGCGCUCAGAUCGGGGAAUAAGGAGUGUCCAACAUGCAGGAAGAAGCUGGUGUCUAAGCGCUCCCUCCGUCCAGACCCCAACUUUGACGCCCUGAUCAGUAAGAUCUACCCCAGCAGAGAUGAGUAUGAAGCCCAUCAGGAGAGAGUGUUGGCCCGCAUCAGCAAGCACAACAACCAGCAGGCGCUCAGCCACAGUAUUGAGGAGGGCCUAAAAAUCCAGGCCAUGAACAGACUGCAGCGGGGGAAGAAGCACCAGAUUGAAAAUGGCAGCGGGGCAGAGGACAAUGGGGACAGUUCACACUGCAGCAAUGCAUCAGUUCACAGUAACCAAGAGGCCGGACCCAGCAUCAAACGAACCAAAACCUCAGACGAUUCUGGACUGGACAUGGACAAUGCCACAGAGAACGGAGGAGGAGACAUGGCAAUGGACGGGGCCAGCGAGAUUGAGCUGGUGUUCCGCCCUCACCCGACGCUAAUGGAGAAAGAAGACGCCGCGCUGACAAGGUACAUUAAGACUUCGGGGAACGCCACAGUGGACCACCUCUCCAAAUACUUGGCUGUCAGAUUGGCUUUGGAGGAAAUGCGCAAAAACGGAGAGGCAAGUCCCAUCAACGUAGAGGCAGCCAGCGAAAAACAGUACACCAUCUACAUCCCUACCGCAAACAACCAGUUCACGGUCCUGAAUGGCUCUUUUUCUCUGGAGCUGGUGAGCGAGAAGUACUGGAAAGUCAACAAGCCCAUGGAGUUGUACUUUGCUCCAACGAAGGAGCACAAAUAAAUCCAGUGAGCCUGACCCAGGACAGACUGUGAUGGUUCAUCCUCUCUUCUCUCUCCCUGUUUCUUUGUCUUUCUCUCGCUGUUCCUCCUCAUUUGGAGUAUACUAGUCUCUGGAGCCCCAGCUCCUCAAUAACUGUGGCUGCUUUGAUUUGGAUUUUUUUAUUGUCUUUUUGUAUGGGAACGAGACCAGGGUUGAUCAUUGGGAGUGGGGUGGGAGGGCCAUGGAAGUCAAACCAGUGUGGAUUUGUUCCCCCCCUUCAGUUGACACAAUCAUUUCAUUGUUACAUGUUGAGUCCUUUUGAGUCAAGAGGACUCCGAUGUUGCCUUCAACAAGCCAAAAUUUCAGUCUACAAAAUGGAUAUUGCAUCCGUAACACCAUGAGGAAAUCACACUGAGUGCUUCAUGAGAGACUCUGUCAGAACGUGGCUUUCGUAGCCAAUGGCGCUGUCCUUUAAUAUUAGACUUGACCAAUGACGUUCGCAGAGCUGUAAGAAAUUUUAAGUGCAUUUUCAGACACACCACUCCUGUAGCAGCAACAUUUGUUCACUAACAUGAUUGCAUCUUGCCAGUACAAUGUACCAGUACAAUGUGAUGGCUUAGUUCACAUGACACUGUCAUGUCACUAGUCUGUACUACUAUGUUGGUCGUCAGAUGUUUCGGAGAUUGUACAUACCUACAUCACUUUAUAGAAUAAUUACCUGGAAAAAUGUAUAUUGACAACAUUGUUACAGUUAUUACAGUACCGUUUCAUAAAAACAUAAGUUGGCAGUUGUACAUUUGGGACCCAGUUUUUAAUAGUUUCAUUGACGCUUCAUCUAAGACAAGGAAAACUUUUUUAGAGCAUGAAGUAAUUUUAGUUUGACUUCCUUGGCAUACAUUUGAGUUCAUGUUGUUGUUUGG